AAAAAUUCCCCGCAGACGAGGUGCGGCUUCCGUUCCUCUUCGCCGCUCGCCGCUGAACCCCGACUAGCCGGCGGAGUCGGGAGCACACCGGAUCCGCGGAGGCGCGAGGACAUGGCCAACUCCUCCUCCGCAUCCUCACGCUUCGGCUUCGCCGCCGCCCCUUCUCCGGCCAAGUCCUCGUGCCCAGGGCAUCAGACAUCUGACAGACACAUUCGGUCUCCAAUGAGGCAAUGACAGUCCCCUGUAUCAAUCUAGAGCCUUAUGCCCCUAUCAAUCACUUCAUGAUCCGUGUUCUUCUUUCCAAACUAGUUGAGAUCAGGUUGUUCUGUUUAUCAAUGGGGACGUUUGAAGCUGAAGAGGCCAGGCUGAGAUUUCUGUCGGUUUGCUUUUAAACACUUGCCCCAAACCAGCAUGACUAUGAGAAGGCAGGGUCCAUGGAGGUGCAUUUGGCUUUCUCAGUCAUGAGAAGCUGCAGGCAUUGGUGCAGGAUACAUCUAACUCCUCUCGCUCUGCCGCUUCCUUCUCUGAGGGAUUCACCUUUUGCCAUUCUCAAAAACAAGUCACCCUGGUAUUUUUUGGUGGAGCUCCGCCCUGUGCGUGCAAUUUCAUCAGUUUGAUGGCAGCCGUUCUAGCAUCUUUGCUUGGAUCAUGUGCCAAUAUAAGUUGAAAGAUAUCAUUAUUGAUGAGGCCAUACUAAUCUUAGGGGUGGAAAAGGAGCUCACUGAAGUGCUGCGAAGAGUAGAACUAAUACGGUGUUGCAUACAUGAUGCUGAGAAAAGGAGGACAAAAGAGCAAGCAGUAAACAAUUGGCUUGGUCAACUGAGAGAUCUUAUAUAUGAUGUUGAUGAAAUCUUGGAUGUGGCUAGAUGUAAAGGAAGCAACCUACUUGCUGAUGACCCUUCACCAUCAUCUGGCAAAUCAGUUGCAUGUAAAGGCCUUUCAGUUUCCUCUUGUUUUUGCAACAUCGGGCCACAUCAUGAUGUUGUUGUUCGGAUUACAAGCCUCAACAAGAAGAUACAGAACAUUUUGCAUGACAACUGAAUUGCAGGUGUUCUUGCUUCAAUAAAGAAAUACUGAGAGGGAGCUCAGUUUCUCUCAAUACAGAACAUGUACAAGCAGGACGACGCGGCGGGCUUGAUCAGCUUAAGCUAUCCAUUCAUUGGCACGGACGAAUGCUAUUUGCUAGUUAAUUAAGCAGUAUGUGUUGACAAUAAGAAGCCAGUGGGCAAAGCAGCUAAUGGGUACCUCGCCAAUCUCUUUCUCACCUUCCCAGCUAAUGGCCAUCCUUCGUCUUCGCGGACUCUGCUAUCUAGCCUGCAGUGUUUACGCAAGCAGGGGGAGGGGCUGUAGCAGCUAUUAAUCAGAUCUGGUAAGCUAUUAAUUCGUUCUAUUCUUCUUCUACUUCUCCAGUUAAUCAGUGUGCGUAUGUAUGCAUGCUUCCUUCCUUACCUGCUGGUCUCCUUUCUGAUCAGUUUACAACAGUGAACACCACCGAUUCAAAUGGACCUGUGGAGGGCUCCAAUGAUCUUCUAUUCUCUGUUUUCCUUGUAGCUUACGCCCAGCCCUGCGAGAUCUUGAAAUUAGCAAUUGGCUCACCAUCAGGGCAAACCAUGUCCUCCAUAUGAUCACUGUUGAUUCUUAUUAUUGAUAGUUUUUUUUCCCUUAUUGGAAUAGUGGUUUGUAAGCCUUUGGUUAUUGUCAUGCCGAAAUUAAACAAGUCACCCUGACCCUGGUGUUCUUUGGUGGAUAUCUCUAGCGCCUAGUUUGCAUCAUCCAUGGCGACCAUACUAGAAGCUCUGCUUCGAUCAUGUGCCAGUAAGUUGCAAGAUAUCGUUACCAAUGAAGCCAUACUAAUCUUAGGGGUGGAAGAAGAGCUCGCAAAACUGCUGCAACGAGUUGAACUAAUUCAGUGCUGUAUAUAUGAUGCUGAGAAAAGGAGGGCAAAAGAGUUGGCAGUAAACAAUUGGCUUGGCCAACUGAGAGAUGUUAUAUAUGAUGUUGAUGAAAUUCUGGACGUGGCUAGAUGCAAAGGAAGCAAGCUACUGCCUAACCACCCUUCAUCAUCAUCAAGCAACUCGGCUGCAUGUAAAGGUCAUUCGGUUUUCCCUUGCUUUCGUAACAUUGGUUCACGUCGUGACGUUGCUGUUCGGAUUAGAACCCUCAACAAAAAGGUAGAGAACAUUUCAAAGGACAAAAUAUUCUUAACAUUCAACAGUAGUGCACAACCUAAUGGAAGUGGUCCAACAUCCAAACUGAUAAGAAGUUCCAACCUUGUUGAGCCCAACCUUGUGGGAAAGGAAAUCAUACAUUCUAGCAGGAAGUUGGUGGACUUGGUGCUUGCAAACAAGGAAAAGAAGUCUUACAAGCUUGCUGUUGUUGGAACCGGAGGAGUCGGUAAGACAACACUAGCUCAGAAAGUAUACAAUGACCAAAAAAUAAAAGGAAGCUUCAAGAUGCAUGCUUGGAUUUGUGUUUUGCAAGACUACAGUGAAGUAACUCUUUUGAAGGAGGUGCUCCGAAAUAUUGGUGUGCAUCAUGAGCAAGGUGAAACCAUAACUGAGCUGCAGAGAAAGCUUGCAGAAACAAUAGAAGGAAAGAGUUUCUUUCUGGUUCUAGAUGAUGUAUGGCAUUCCAAUGUAUGGAUGGAUCUAUUAAGGCCUGCAUUACACAAAACAACAUCUGGAGUAAUGUUGGUAACCACACGAGAUGAUCAAAUUACAAGGAGAAUAGGCGUAGAGCAUACCCAUCGAGUUGAUCUCAUGUCAGUAGAGGUGGGAUGGGAGCUACUUUGGAAGAGCAUGAAUAUUGAUGAGAAAGAAGUGCAGAAUUUAAGAAACACGGGGAUUGAGAUUAUCCGUAAAUGCGGUUGCCUCCCUCUUGCAAUCAAAGUUACUGCCAGUGUUCUGGCAAGCAGGGAUCGAACAGAUAAUGAGUGGAAAAAGAUUUUGAGAAGAUAUGCUUGCUCCCAGAACAUGCUCUCUAAUGAAAUAGAAGGAGCUUUGUAUCUAAGCUACGAUGAGUUACCAUAUCGUCUGAAGCAGUGUUUCCUUUAUUGUGCAUUGUAUAUUGAAGAUUCUACCAUUCUGCGCCGUGUAAUUACCAGGUUAUGGAUUGCUGAAGGCUUCAUUGAGGAGCAACAAGGCCAACUUCUAGAAGACACAGCAGAGGAGUACUACUAUGAGCUAAUCCAUCGGAAUCUCCUCCAACCAGAUAACGGAUCUUUUAACCAGGCUGAAUGCAAAAUGCAUGACCUCUUAAGACAGCUUGCUUUGAGUAUAUCAAAAGAAGAGUGUUUUAUUGGUGAUAUUGAAACAUUAAGUGGUGAGAAUAUGUCAAAACUACGACGAGUUACUGCCGUGAGUAAGAAGGAAGAAUUAGUGUUGCCUAGCAUGAAUAAGGUGGAAGCUAAGGUGAGGACUUUCUUUACUGUUCAUGGUCCACGGAGCAUUGAGUAUUCAUUGUUCAAGAGAUUUUUGCUUCUUCGUGUUUUGGUACUGAAUUACUCACUUGUACAAAGCAUUCCAGAUUAUAUAGGAAGACUGAUACAUCUACGCCUACUUGAUCUUGAUUAUACUGGCAUAUCUUGUCUUCCGGAAUCCAUUGGCUCCCUACAAAACCUUCAAAUUUUGAGCUUGAAUUAUUGUGAUGCUUUGCACAAUCUUCCUUCGGCGAUAUCCCAAUUGUACAGUUUAAGAUGCCUUAGUCUUCUUGAUACAAAAAUAAAUCAAGUUCAGAAAGGGAUAGGAAAACUGAAGUUCCUCACUGAUUUACGAGGGUUUCCGGUUGGGGCGGGAAUUGAAAAUGCUGAUGUACAAGAUGGAUGGAAGUUGGAAGAGUUGUCAUCUUUGUCAUUGCUGAGGUAUCUUACGUUGGUUAAAUUGGAAAGAGCGGCUUGCUAUAGUACAAAUACAUUACUGACGAACAAAAACCAUCUAAAAGGACUAGUACUGGACUGGACAUCAUAUUCAGAAGAUGUUAGCACCGAGGAGGUCUUUGAGCAGCUAAUACCUCCAAGCAACCUGGAAACCCUACAUAUUAUUGGAUUCCUUGGUCGGCAAUACCCCAACUGGUUUGGUAACACUUGUUUGUCUUCGCUGGCACAUGUGACCCUUAGAAAUCUACGAUGUGUGGAUCUUCCACCUAUUGGCCAGCUACCCAACUUGAAAUUUCUAAGAAUUGAUGGAGCAUAUGCAGUUACCAAGGUUGGCCCUGAAUUUGUUGGUUGCGGGAAGGGUGAUCCCCUAUGCAACGAAUUAGUCGCUUUUCCUAAACUUGAAUGGUUAGUCCUCAAGCAUUUGCCCAACUGGGAGGAGUGGUCUUUUUUUGAAGAAAAAGAAGAAGCAGAAGAUGCUGAUGAUGAAGGGGGAGCAAAUGGAGUUGCUGAGAUUCAAAAGGAGGACGCCCAAUCUGCAAGGUCGCGUCUGUUUCCUCGUUUGGUGAGGUUGAAACUUGAAGGCUGCUUAAAGCUGAGGGCUCUACCGCGACAACUUGGAGAGGACACUGUCAGCUUGAGGAAGCUCGAAUUAAUUAGAACAAACAACUUGAAGGCCGUGGAGGACUUCCCACACCUCACUGAGCUCCUUCAUAUUGAGAAAUGUGAAGGCCUGGAGAAGGUCUCCAAUCUCCCUCAAGUGACAGACCUGCAAGUACGUGGUUGUCUGAACUUAAGCCGUGUAGAGGGGCUGGGCAGUUUGCAGCAGCUGGGGCUGGGCGAGGAUACGCAAGAGAUCUCUUCCCACUGGGUGCUUGGGCUUCAAAACCAGCACCAGCGACUUUAUGGCGAAGACCUGGAUGUCUACUCGUUGUCUACCAGUUAGAUGGCUCAAGCGUAGGACUGAUGGUGUGGCUCACUUCCACGGGCAGACGUGCUAAUUAAGUUGAGGAAGCCUGCCAUUGCUGAAGAUGCGCGAGUACCAUGAUGGAUGUGCAACGAGCUGGUGAAGAAAGAAACUGUCCUGUUUUCCUUUGGGCAUACUGUAUCGAGUUUUGUUUUGUUUAUUUCCAAAUUUGGGCCAGAGGCCUUUGCUGUACUGAAUCUCCUGCCCGUGUGGUAUUGUUUCACUUAUUUAUUCCUGAACUUGGGGCUGGUGGCCUUUGCUGUACUGAACAAGUGUGGCAUGGUAUCGUUCUUUUAAUUGAACCGAUGGAUUUCGUUUAA